GGUCAAGGCCAUUCGACUGCAAUGGCUCUUUUACAGUGGAGAAGAUUUAACUUUUUCGAUAAAGAAACUGUUAAAGACCCAGACACAGGUCAGGUGUUUGAUAAACUCAAGGAUGUGAAUGUGUCCGCGAGCGUGAGUGGUCAUGGUCAACUGAUCGUAGGCGACCACGAAGGAUUCCUGUACCUUGUGAGCAGACAGCUUAAACUCAGCGUAUUCAAGGCGUACGAAAUCAGAGUGUCCCACCUCUUCCAGCUUCGUCAACACAAUCUCCUGGUGUCGGUCGGAGAAGAUGAGCAAGGUGUCAACCCACUUAUCAAGGUGUGGAAUUUAGACAAGAUUGAGAAAGGAACACCAGUUUGUACAAGGAUAACCAGAGCUAUUCCAGGCAAUAAACCUACCCCUGUCACAUGUCUUGCCGUACAUGAAAACCUGGCCUGGAUGGCCGUGGGAUUUGAGAACGGGAGUGUGGUGCUUUUCAAGGGGGAUGUCACCAAAGACAGACACACCAAGACGAGGAUUGUGUACGAAAACCCGAAACCUGUCACUGGUUUAGCUUUUAAGACUUCGGGAUCUAAAUCUAUAUUCUUGUUUGUGGUUACGGACUCUCAGGUGGUUUCUAUAAACAUCUCGGGCAAGCAAGACCAGAAGAGUACCGUAGAACACUUUGGUGCCUCACCCCACUGUACAGUGAUGAGUGAUCAUACACAGGACCACCAGCUAGUCAUGGGCAGGCAGGAUGCGGUUUACUUUUACCAGCCGGAUGGCCGUGGUCCCUGUCUGGCCUUUGAGGGAGAGAAGCUCCACCUCCAAUGGUUUAGAGGGUACCUUAUAGUUGUAGGGAAGGAAAACAAGGCCUUACUUCGUACUGCUGUACUGGGCGGACAGAGUCUGGAGAUGAACAUUGUGACAGUGUACGAUAUACAGAAUAAAUUUAUCGCAUACUCGGCGCCGUAUCCUGACGUGAUCGGUGUGAUGUGUGAGUGGGGAAGUGUCUACCUGCUGGGCGGGGACAGAAAGCUUUAUCAACUCCAGGAAAAGGACACGCAGACCAAACUAGAAAUGUUGUUUAAGAAAAACAAUUAUCAGCUAGCUAUCAGCCUGGCCAAGAGCCAGCAGUAUGAUGACGAUGGUCUGAUCGACAUCUUCACUCAGUACGGAGACCACCUCUACGGCAAGGGCGAUCACGACGGAGCGAUCGACCAGUACAUCAAAACAAUCGGCAAGCUUGAGGCUUCUUAUGUCAUCAGAAAGUUCCUCGAUGCCCAGAGGAUUCACAACCUGACCAAGUACCUACAGGCCUUACAUAAGGCCCAGAGGGCCACAGAGGAACACACCACUCUCCUCCUCAACUGUUACACUAAACUCAAGGACGUCAGUAAACUCGACGAGUUCAUCAUGACGAAGGACCGUGAGGUGGACUUUGACGUUGAGACGGCCAUUCGUGUGUGUAGACAGGCGAGUUACUACACUCACGCUCUCUUUUUGGCGGAGAAACACGCUAAACAUCACUGGUAUCUCCGCAUACAACUGGAGGACAUCAAACAUUACCAACAGGCCCUCGAGUACAUCGGCAAACUGGAGUUUGACGAGGCUGAAGAAAAUCUGAAAAAGUACGGUAAAGUUCUGAUGUCAGAGGUUCCACGCCAGACGACAGAGUUACUGAAGCGUCUAUGUACGGACUACCGGCCAGCAGAUAAACCACUGGUAGACCAGAUGAACAUGGAUGGUGGAGGAUUAGGUAGGAUACAGAAGGCCAGCGCCGAGGAGUUCAUACACAUCUUCGUGAAUAACUCGCCAAAACUCACCGAGUUUCUGGAACAUAUGAUCAAGGUGCAGCCUAACUCCCCGAGCCUUCUCUACAACACCGUGUUAGAACUUUACCUUCAUGAUUACGUUCACGAGAGAGAUAGCUCUGUAAAAACAGAGAAAGUGAGAAGAACAGAGGACCUUUUAAAGAACCCAGAUGCACGUUAUGACCUUGAUCAAGCCCUAAUCCUGUGUCAGAUGAACAACUUCAAGGCUGGUAUACUUUACCUGUAUGAGAAGGCUCACCUAGUGUUUGAAUUUUCCCCCAGGGGACAGGAUCCUAACCUGUGGGUACAGGCGCUGUCGUACUUUGCGAGGAAGGAGGAUAACUGUAAAUCACAGCUCAUGGAGGUCCUUUCCCAAAUUGACAAAAAGAAUUUGUUACCUCCCCUGUUGGUGAUACAAACAUUAGCUCAUAACUCCACGGCAACCCUGUCGGUUGUCAAGGACUAUAUUAUCAGACGACUUCAGCUGGAGAAUGACCAAAUAGCCGAGGAUGAACGGCUUAUUAAACAGUACCGUGAAGACACGGAGAAAAAACGGGCACAGAUCGAGGAGAUGAAAACUACAGCAAAAAUAUUCCAGGCAUCAAAGUGUAACAUAUGUAACCAUCCACUAGAACUGCCGUCUGUUCACUUCCUGUGUGAACCUCACUCCUACCACCAACAUUGUUUCGAAAGUUACGCAGAGAAUGACUCUGAAUGCCCAGUUUGUGCGCCGGAAAACAGAAAAAUCAUGGAUAUUAUACGAGCACAAGAACAGAGCAAAGAUCUACACGAAUUCUUCCAUAAUCAGCUGGAGAGAUCGCAAGAUGGCUUUUCUGUGGUGGCCGAUUACUUUGGAAGAGGUGUUUUCAAUAAGGUGACAAUAAUAACGGAUUCUCCGACUAGACAAAAAGGCGGGGCUGGAACCAGUUAUCCCUCAAAACAUCUAUAAGGACAUCUUUUAAUUAAACAAGACUUGCUACAUUACUUUAAUGAAUUCAUGGCUGGUAUCCUGUGCCCAAGACUUGCGGCAUCUGUUAAUGAAAACACAUCAUGCCCUGUGCCUAUCAGGGAUGGCUGUUUGAGUGUAAUGAGAACUCAUCAUGUCUGCUUCUCCAAUGUUUACAAGACUAGUCGCAUCUUUAAAAUGUGAAGAAAUCUUGGUUACUCACUUGUGCCAACAAGACUACUCACAUUACGAUGAGAAUACCUUAUUGCUGUUCUCCGAGGAGAACCCUCGGGGUCAGGCUGGUGACCUCAUACAACAUCACUUCCAAUCCGGCAAACCCUUGCUAUCUUGUUUAAAAGAAUCUGCUGUCCACUGUGCUGUCUGACUUAGUGUUCUUUGUAUAUUGAAUUCUUGCCAUGUUACUACCCAAUAUUUACUUGACUCUUUGUUUUUUUGUUGACAAAAAGACCUUAUUGAAAUUAAAUUGGUAAACAGUUAUCAUCAGUAUGUAAAAUAGAGUGAAAUGUUAUUAUGGAAGGCGUUCAAGUGCUAAAAUAGGAUAUUUUGUUUUCAUUUCAGACAAGUCUGAGCAGAUGAACCUAUAUACAUGAAUAGGGAAACUAUAUUAAGUGCAAUAUAUGUGUGUGUAGGUGUGAACAUUAACAUGCUAGAGUAACCUUAAGUUCGGUAUUUCCUCAAUGAUAAGUCCAUGUUCAGUACCAUAAUGAUUCUGUAAUAAGCCCAGGGGUCCACUUUAAAAUGGGAGUUCAGAGGUUGAGGAUGGGUCUAUUGAAUGGAUAAGGAUUAUAUUAAAAACUAACUUAAAAAGGUGGUGGGCGGGAUAAUACCAGACAUGGGCUUAUUGACAGAUAAUUCGGUAAUAAGCCCACCAAUUAUAAAACGGAAGAAAACUUAAAUGUAUAAAUGUUCUUCUUGUUAAAGAUUUUUUUUUUUUUUUUUUUAAAUUAAGUUUUCACAAGCAAAAAACUAAAAAUGGAGGGGCAUUGUAGAUGUUGUGGGCAAAAUUCCAAAAUUUAGAUGGUGUUUACACAAUCCUUCACUUUGGAGAAAACACUUGUUUUUGAAGUUCAAUUGUUGUUUUGUUGUAACUGUUAAUUUGUUUAUACUAAUGUCCUGUGUGUCACUUCUGUUUUCUGUUAUUUUACAAAGGCACUGUCAUGAUUGUUGGUUUAUUAUUUCAUAUGCGAGUAAUUAGAUACCAAGGUACGUUUGGCUACAGAGUAGACUUUUACAUGCUUAACUGUUUUUGGUUUGUUAGCUGUCGUUAUUCUUACAGUGUGUUUGCUUGAAAUUAUAUAGCUUACAUCUACUAUGCAAACUGGUCCAGUCAUAGAAUUUACAAUUAAUACACCAUAGACAAUAGGUCUAUUAGAUAUAGAUUUCUUAUAGACCAGCUGAAAAUUUGAUAGACCAUAGCUUGACCAAGAAAAGUUUACUUAUUUUUAUGCUUGGUAACACAAAAUUAAAUAAAUCAUUUAUGUGCUAAUAUAAUAAAGAAAGAUAAGGAAUUGAACAAAACACCUUUUCCCCCCACGACAAAUCAUACCAAUGAAUCAAACACAUCAUAUAAAAUAACUUUAUAGACAAAUUGGUCUAUGAAGUAAAUAUUGUCUAUGAGUUGUCUCCCCUUUCUUUAAGUACGCCAAAAUGUUAUGUCACAAUUUUAACUUCGGCUUGGAGGAUAAAGAUUUUAGAUCCUUGUACCACUGCCAAAAAACUGUAACAAUGAAUUGGAAACCUUUUUUGGCAUGGAAAAAAAAAUCUUGAAAAGAAACCCUUACCUUGCAAAAUAUUAUGAAAACUUAAGAAAUGAAAUAAAGAUAUCAACAUAAGUUUCUGAGAUUAAAAAUGGAAUGGGGCCAGAUCUGGAUUCAUACCCAGGAUCUCCAAUUAAAUGAUGGCCACUCUUACUAACAGACCUACCUGAUCAGUAGUAAUUUCCCGGCCUAGUUCCACUACAGUCAUGUCCAAAACGGAAUUAAGGGGAGGUAACUAUGUAUGGAUACAAACGAUGAUGGAAUUCCUUAGCGUUGUGCCUUAAGUGGGACAAGGAUCCCAAAUCAAAUUUUCACAUUUGAGUUGAAGCCGGUUAUAGCUGCAUACAAGUGUUCCCAAUGAUAAUGAUUACAGUGUUGUAUUGUACAGCAAAUCGGCCAAAACUGUUGCUAGGGUUGAUUUUGGCUGAACAGCUGUGAAAUUCAACACUUUAAUAUACAUGAAUAAGUAUCAAAUACUCUAAUUAUUUUCAUGGGGAUCUAAUGUGAGGUGACAAUUACAAUCUGAGGCUCUUUGAAAUCCAGGAAGGUUUUACGAAACGUUCCUGAAACUCGAACCAUGAACUCUUAACCCUUUCACCCCUAAAAUGUAUGUAACUUUAGUAGACUCUCCCAUGCAUACAUUGCUCUGGAAGAGUCCUUAUGGUCUACAGUGGUGAAAGGGUUUAUUACAUACAGACAGUUCGCUCAUUGAGCCAUUUGAUCAUCUGAGAGAAUGCUAUUAUAUUCUUUGAGAAGGUCACAUAGGAAGAUUGAAAAGAGCCUAUGAUUGUAAAAAUAUUACUUUAAAUUGUGACCAUAUUAUUUUUGCUUAUAUAUACAUGUUAAGAUAGGUGAUGCAAUCACAAACAGUUGAUAUCAUUUCAAGAGCAAAAUGUGAAAACAAUUUGAACUCAAACUUUUAACAUUUUAGUUACAAAUGAGAAAUGACAUGAGAAAGUGUGUAUUGUAUUCCGUUGUUUUUGUCAGUCCUUGUCAUUGAAUGUCCCUAGUUAUCAAAAUAUUUUUUCUGUGAUAUCAUGAUACAAACCAAAUUGUAUUAUCAUCAAAAUUAUCUAAAUAAAAAAUUGAAGAUCCG